UGAAAACCCCCGUGUUACUAGUUCUAGUGUCUCCUCAAUUUUGUAAAGGGUCAUCAAACAAAGUUACCUCACAAUUGCUCUACACUGUCCUGCUUAGCUUAUAUAGUGUUAGAGGACGUGUUUUUUUUUGGUCGUGUAACGUGCGUCAAUUACGUCCGCUUUUGUCUGAAACGCACAAGUAGAAGUAUCUACGACCACGUCGAAGGUGGUUUCCACUGGUAUGGUCUUAUGGAAGCUAGUAUGUUCUGACAAGUUGUGGGAAGCAGGAAGUUAUUCUACAUACUAUAAGUGGUGCAACUUCUUUAAAUUUUCAAAGAGGACCCUCGAAAACGACGUUGAUUCGCAAAAACUCCACCAAACUUUUUUCCUUACUUGUUCUUUUUGUCGGAAAACUUGAUUUUCAUUACUGUUCACGCCGGUCAGUCACAUGCAGGAUCAGUCUGGCAAUCUACCGGAUUCGACUACUAGUGCUUCUUCAGAGGAAGCACGAUGGCGGUCGGAGGUAUUGGGAAACGCAAAGCCUUCGUCGUCGAUUGGAGCAUCAGCUGGAGCAGCAGUCUCAUCGUCAUCGACCACUGCCAGACCGGAUCCCAUCAGCGCAGAUCGCAAUAGUAGCUCGGCACCAAGCGGUAGCUCAGCGUCCCGAAGUCUUCCUGGUGGAGCAGGAGUAGGUGGUGGAAUAGCUGCGCCUAGCGCUGUAAGCGACGAGUUUUUCGAUCCCAUUGACCAAGCGCUCAUAAACCGCUUGACACUUAAUCCGGGGAGGCCUGGGGGUAUUCAUGAAUGACAAAUGAUUAUCUCUCUGUCCCCACCACUAUGAGUUUGAGUAUCAUCUUCAUCUGCUCCUUACAAUUACACGUGCCUUACCCUUAACACUCUUCAGCAAAUUAGCUGGGAGAUCAAGAAACUGUGCUUUUCAAUGAAUUUCAAGUCCUGAUUAUCAUGGUCGAUCACUAUUUGAAUCGGCGUGCGCAAAAUUCGAAUCAAUGAAUACUAAAUGAUGACCUACUUUGUGCUCUUUUCCGCAGGCGGCGCCCUACCUUCGGCCACGGGCAGUACAACGAGAUCACCAGAAAGAGGUGGUUGCGCGACGUCAUCUGGCAGCAAUGCGGGUUACCGCGCACAGGCAGGACCAGGAGCAUCGACAUCAUCGCCUGGACCUGGAGGAGGCGCAAGAUCUCCAGUCGUCGCAGCUGCAGAAUCUGCUCAACUACAGCCGGAUAGUCUACUUUGGGAAGACCGUUUUCAAACGCAUCUGACCGCAGCAAUGGAGCAACUCUUCAAGUGCGAAGAGUGCCUGACCACCUCGAGUGCAGCAGAAGAAGAGGGAGCACAGGAGGAGGCGCGACUACAAGCGCAACUUGACGCCGCCAAUCAGCAAGCUGAAGUGCUGUUGAAAGAAAGGCAGGAGCUCGAGACCGAAAUCCACGAUUUGCAGGGUGACACAGACGCAACCGAUUUCGCCAUAAAGAGCACGGGAGAACUGCGAAGGCUCAUUCAAACAUUUGAACUUGACAUGGCUAACGUACAGGCAGAGCUUGAAAGUAGGAUAAAAACAUAAUGAUCAUAUGGCGAUCACUCUCAGCGCCAUAAAAAUGUUGGAGAUCGCUUGUGAGAUAAAGCAAUGCCUCAUCUUCAUCAUUUUGCUAGUCUCUCUGUGUGCUGGUUUCUGGUUCUCUUCCG